AUGGACCUCGAGCCGCUGCUGUCGCAGCUCUUGGCCGGCGACAACGCCGCGCGCAACGCGGCCGAAGCGCAGUUCCAAGCGCUGACGCAGCGCCGCUGCAGCGACGCGCUGCUGCUCGGCCUCGUGCAGGUCGUGCGCGCGCGGCGGCGGCGCGACGCUGUGCGCGCGCUGGCGGCGGUGCUGCUGCGCCGCGUGUUACUGCGCGACGCCGUCUCGUUGUGGCCGCGCGCGACGGCCGCUGCGCGCGAGUCGCUGAAAGCCGAUCUCGUGGCGGUGCUCGAAGCCCACGAGACGCAGUGUGCGCUGCGCCGCCGCGUGUGCGACACCGUGGGCGAACUGGCCACGAGUCUGCUGGAAGACGGCCAGUGGGACGCGCUGCGCCGCAAAGUGCUGCAGUGGCGCGCGUCGCCGCUGCUGCCGCUGCGGGAAGUGGCGCUGCGGCUACUCGAGAUGGUCGCACUGUUUGUCGCGACGCAACUCACCCGCAGCAGCAGCAGCAGCAGCAGUGAAGACAGUGACAAGAACAGUGACGACAGGGAGUGGAACCGGACAGUGCUCGAGGGUUUGCUGCUGGGACUGCAAGACCCGCACGGCCGCGUGGCGCUCAAUGCGCUGCGGGCGCUGAGUAUGGUGCUGCUGCACGUCGAGUCGCUCGAGGAACUGGCCAUGCCACACGUGCUGACAGCAGCGGUGCCGCUCGUGCUGCAGGCGCUGCAGGCGCUGCUGGAGACGCAGCAGUGGGAGCAGAUGAUGGAGGCGCUCGAGAUGCUGAUUGAAGUCGCGGACGCCCACGCGCUGUUCUUUGCGCCGCGACUGCGGGACGUGGUCGAGACGAUGGUGGGGAUUGCGGAUGCGGGCCGCAACGCACGUGCAGUGCCCGAUGGGUGCCGUCAAUUGGCGAUGGAGCUGCUCGUGUCGCUGGCCGAGCAGACGCCCGCGCGGUGCCGACGGCUGCCGAAGAAUCGGUUUGUCGAGACGGUGUACCCCGUUGCGUUCGAGAUGCUGUUGGAGCUGCCGGACGUGGACACGUGGGACGCCGCGAACUGCGACGACGAGCAGGCAAUUGGUGGCGGCUCGGGUCUCGAUCAGGACAUCUCGAACUUUGACGUGGGCGCGGAAGCGCUCGAGCGGUUAGUGGGCGCGCUGGGCGCUAAGCGCUCGCUGCCCACGUGCUUUCGGCUUGUUCACGCGUACGCUCGACGCACGGACCAUUGGGCGAGUCGCCAUGCAGCGCUCGUGGGGCUGUGCCAGAUCCUCACUGUACUGGACGACGACAACUUGGACGCAGUCGUGAGCCACCUGCUCGCGCAAGUGCACGACCCCCACCCGCGUGUGUGCUGCACUGCUGUUGAUGUCAUUGGACGGCUGUCCGUCGACCAAGCGCCGCAGUUCCAAGCAGCGUACCAUUCGCAAGCGCUUUCGGUGCUCGCCCACGUGCUGGAAGACGGGACCAAACCGCGUCUGCAGGCGCACGCAGCCACUGCAUUGCGCCAGUUCAUUGACAUGUGUCCACCGGAGCUGCUCACGCCGUACCUGGACAAGAUGCUGCAUCAGCUCUUUGCGCUGCUCGAGCGUAGCCACACAGCAGCAACAGGUACGUCACCUGCUCAAGCGGUCGUUGCCACGCGCGUUGUCCACGAGCAGGCGAUCACCGCCAUCUCGUCCGUCGCGAUGGUCGCUGGUCCCUUGUUCGCCACGUACUAUGCAGCCAUCAUGCCGCCGCUCCAGCACAUCCUGCUCAAGUGUCUCCACGAGAGCGUCCAGCAGACAGCUUCGACAGCAGCAGCAAUGGCAGGACCAAAGAAGACCCAGUUGGCUGCAUCCAGCUCGUUCACGCUGGGCGGCAUCACGCUCGAGUGCCUGAGCCUCAUCGGCCAAGCAGUCGGCAAGGACCUGUUUGCCCGCGACGCACCUGCAAUCCUCAAGGUCAUGGCCGAGAUGCAAGCGACGCCGUCCAUCGUUGGCAACGAGUUGAUCCGCACCUACUUGUUGCAGGCCUGGGCUCGCUGCUGCACGUGUCUUGGCCACGAGUUUGCACCCUACUUGCCGCUGGUGAUGCCGACGCUGCUCGAAGCUGCAACGCAACAGGCCGAGUUUGAAGUCGAUCCGUCAACGCUGUCCCGUGACGACGAAGACGACGAGGAGGAUGGUGGUGGCUCGACGGACAAUGAAGACAUUCAGCUCGCGCAAGUGAACGACAAGUGCCUGAGCAUCCGCACGUCGAUCCUCGAGGAGAAAGCGACGGCCUGUCAGCUCUUGGCCGGUAUGGUAACGGACCUGCAAGACGCCUUCUUCCCCUAUGCGGAGCAGGUGACGCAAGUGUUUGCUCCAUUGCUCACUGAGUCUGUGCACUCGGACAUUCGUGCGGCAGCGAUUCGGUCUAUGCCUGCGCUCGUCAAGUGCGUCGCAGUGUCGACUGCAGCUCCUGGUUUCAAGGACCACAGUGGAGCCGCGAUGAAGCAAAUGGUGGACUUUGCACUGGGCCGUCUCGUACACGCGCUGACCUCUGAGCCUGAGGUGGAGCUGGUCGUGAGUAUUUUGCAGAGCAUGACGAGCUGUCUCGUGUGUGCCCGGGAGCUGCACCCGACGCUGGAGCUGAAUGACGCUCAACUGCGGGAACUCGUGCACGGGUUCCUAGUGGUGUUAGGCGACAGUUUCCAGCGCCGUGCAAUCCGAAGAGGUGGGAACGGGAGCGACGAUAUGGAAAGUGGCGAGCCCGAGGGCGAUGUCGAGGAGGAGAAAGAAGAAGAAGAAGAAGAAGAAGAGGACACUGCCUCGCAAGUGAGUGAGGGCCAACUGGCCGAGCAGGAGCUGCAAUGUGUCCUCGCAGAGUGCAUUGGUGCGCUUGCCAAGACGCACGGCGCUGGGUUCUUUCCAGUCUUUAUGACUCUCUUAUGGGAAAAGGUCGCAGCGCUGGGUGCGCCUGGAUGCCUCGUGGAAGACCGUCGACUGGCACUGUUUGUCCUGGACGAUGUGCUGGAGCACUGUGGGGACUCGGCCAUGCGUCACCUGGACGUCUUUUUGCCUGUUCUGGAGAACGCGUUGCUUGAAGUGAGCGAGCCUGCCCUUGUGCAGGCGGCAGCGUUUGGCGUGGGAGUCUGCGCCUCGCAGGGCGGGGAGUUGUUUGCCCCACAUGCAAAGCAGUGUCUCGAGCUGCUUCACAACGUGGUGGCUUCGCCCCACGCCCAUCGUCCAGAACAGCGGAACGCGACUGACAAUGCUGUUGCUGCACUGGGCAAGUUCUGCGAGUUCCAGGCCCGUGCCAUUGAUGCAGCGACGUUGUUCCCGCAGUGGCUGGACCUGCUGCCGCUUUGCGGAGACCUGGAAGAGUCACUUGCAGUGUUGCGGCGUUUGUGCCGCUACGUGACCGAGCGCCAUCCGCUUGUAUUGGGUGCCCCCGACUUUCGGCACCUCGACAAGAUUGUCACUGUGUUGGCUGCCGUUGCGGACGAACCGUUUGUGCAAAAGAUGCGCGAGGCCGUGGGCGAGAAGGAGACGUCUGCUCUUUGUCAGGAGCUCGCGUCGAUUCUCGUUGGUCUUCGAUCGACAGUACCAGUGGCGACGAUGGAUCGAGCAUGGGCUUCUUUAACAUCUUCGCAACGGGUUGCACUGCAUGCGCUGUUCGCGUGA